CACAAAACCCAGAGAAGCCCCCUUCACUCUCUGCUGCCUCCAUUUGAAAAUGCAGCGAAGUUGAUAAGGUCACACCGAACCAAAGAAGUACAGAAAAAUGGCGAAUCUAAGGACUGCAAUGGACUCCGCCUUCUGGGAUCUCAACGUUUCUUCUCCUCAAACCAUAGAGGGGUGUGCCAAGGCCGUUCCCGGCGACCCCUUUCCUAUGGACGCCACCGUUUCAAGCAAAGCUCUUCGUAUUCAGCAGUUCUCAUUCUUCAGAAAUGGCUUUCCUUUGGGGAUAGUUCCUUCCCUCUCUCCCACUUCUCCUUCCCUCUCUCCCACUUCUCCAAAGAGCUUUGGUUCCUUUUCUCUUCAGUCUCUCGCACUUAAAAUCUCCAAUCAUCCCUGGUGGUUUGGGCUGAUUGGACAGUUCCGUCCUGGGAAACUGUUUGCGGAUAUCAAAAAUGAAAUCUCCAAUGCUGAUGAGUUCGAGCUCUCCACACUCAAGGAUGCUGCAAAGCAUUUUAUUGACAAGUCACUCUUUUCAUUAGGAUUAUUCUCACAGAUUUCUAUUUCUGACUCAACAUCUAUUCUACUCUCCAUGGAGGGGCAUGGUGAGAAAAAAAGACGUCGCAAGAAAAUGAUGAUCUUCCACCAGCUUCCUGAUCAUGAUAUCACAUUGGAGGCUGCUUGGCCUCAACUGUUCAUUGACCACAAAGGAAAAUACUGGGAUGUGCCUGUGUCCUUAUCUCUUGAUCUGUCAUCCCUAAAGUCUGAUUCUGGACUCCGGUACCGUGUUGGGAUACAUAAAAAUGGUGGUGAUCCUGAGGCAGUAAAUGCCAUAGAUGGCAACUCCCCACUUUCAUUGCUGCCGGGGUUGUGUGCUAAGGCUGCCUUGUCUUAUGAGAAGAUCAAGUACCUCUGGAGAGACAAUGAGGCUGCAGAAAGUCUCAAGCAAGCAACAGAUAAGGAAGCUACUUCUUAUCCAUAUGACGUGCGUCUUAUGGAACCCCAAUCAGCAUUAUCUGGAAUUAUUGGUGGUGCCUGCACUGCCUGGAUUUGGGAUGGGAGUAGCUGUUCAAGCGUUGAUUCAAGAGAAGAUCUGGACAGUUCUAGACCAAGCAAGAGAUCUCCAUUGAAUGCUGAUUUAUUUGGUUCAGUUUGCUAUACUUUCCAGCACGGAAAAUUUAUAAAUGAUUAUGGGGACUUGACAAGGUUAGAUGCUCGCCUUGAUAUUUGUUCAGCUCCAGGCUUUGUCAAGAAGGUUCUGAAUGGUUUCAGAAGUUCUGCUGAUGUUAAUGAACUUCCAUCAGCCUCACCUCGGCUAAAUUUAACCUUUCAACAGCAGGUUGCGGGGCCGAUCGUCUUCCGGACGGAUUCCAGAAUAUCCCUUGAAUCUUUCUCUAAGAUGUUCCAAAUAGAGGAUUAUGUUUGCAGCUUGAGCUACUCCUUCAGGCUGUUGCAGUCUGGUAAGGUGGUUGCUUGGUACUCUCCAAAAAGGAAAGAAGGAAUGUUUGAGUUGCGUCUAUUUGAGUUUUAACGCACUUGUUGUAGUCCUGACUGCCGGCUCUUUUCAGGUAAGAAUUUUGCAGGCUUCAGUUGAAAGUAGCCCAUUUGUUUAUUAUUUAGCUUAUGCACAGUUGUAGUGUGCUUGGUUAAGCUGAAACUCAACAUCAUUGAUUGGUCAAGCCAUAAGCGCUAAUCAUCAUUAACUUCUCAAA